AUGACCGAUCAAAAAUCAUUUCGCGAUCAUGUUGGAGAUCCCGAGACCAAGAAGGGGGUCGCUGAUGAAGAGGUUGCUUUGGACGAGGAGACAUUGAAGCUCGACCGACAGACUCUUCUCAGGUUGGACCUUUUGCUUAUGCCCAUGACCCUGAUGCUAUACCUGCUGGCGUGGUUAGAUCGUGCAAAUGUGGGCAACGCACGAGUGUCCCAAGUGCACAACUACUCCGAAUUCCUCGCAUGUCGGUUCUUCCUGGGCUUGCUAGAAGGAGGUCUCUUUCCCGGCAUUGUCCUGUUAUUGUCCAACUUCUACCGCCGUCACGAACUCCAGGUUCGCAUCGCCCUCUUCUUCUCCGCCGCUUCCCUGAGCGGUGCCUUCUCGGGCCUCCUAGCCGCAGCUAUCCAGCAGAUGAGCGGUAUCCGCGGUAUGAAGGGCUGGCAGUGGAUCUUCCUCCUUGAGGGUUUAUUCACCGUCUGCUUUGGUGUUUUCUCCUUCUUCGUGCUUCCCAACAGCCCAGAGAAAGUCAUCACUUUUCGCCCUGAGCACUCGCGGCGCUGCAUCGCCCGGCUGCAGCAAGACAGCAACAACUUCGAAACGGAAUCCAACGUCACAUUCAAGGGAGUCGUCUGCGUCCUGAAGGAUCUCCACGUGUGGAUAUGUCUCAUCCUCUUCUGCAACGGGGCAUGCCUCUUUGGACUCGCAUAUUUCUCCCCAUCCAUCGUCCAGGCACUUGGAUACAGCCCGACAAAAACGCAGCUGAUGACCGUCCCUCCUUAUGCCUCCGGGUUCAUCGUGACGAUGCUGACAGCGUACCUUUCCGAUCGCCGACAGCAGCGCGGUGCCGGGGCCUUCGUCACCAGUGGCAUCGCGCUGAUUGGCGCCGCGCUGGCCAUAAAUGGCCGUAGCGUGGGCAUCCGCUACGCUGCCCUCAUGCUUCUCGUGACGGGUGUGUAUGCCUGCGCGCCUUGCCUGAUUAGCUGGGUGCCGAACAACACGGCUGGCCACCUGCGGCGCGCGACGGCCGUGGCGAUGGCGUUUAUUGCGACGAAUAUGGGCGGCAUCAUGAACACGUGGAUCUAUCCCAAGGAGUCGGCGCCGUACUUUAACCUGGGGAUCCGGUUUAAUCUAGCGUUGCUGGUGAUUGCUAUGGUGCUUGUUUCGGUGCAGGUGCUGUUAUUGCGGUUUUUGAAUCGGGGGAAGGAGAGAGAUCCAUUGGGAUUGCUGCUUGGGCUUGAGGAUCUGCCAUAUGAGGAGCAGUUUGCCAAGCUAGGGGAUAUACACCCGAGAUAUAGGUAUACUUAUUAA